AGGAAACAGCAGCUGGAGGCAGGAGGAGGCGGGGCUACAAUGUAACUGACUAGAACGCUGUCACUUCUGACGCUGCUGCUGCUGCUGCUGUCAGUGGCCGAAGCAUGCAGGCUGCGGAACCGCCGGGGAGCAAUGCCGGAGUUUCCAAGUGGGACAUCCGGAAACAAAUUUGGGAUUACAUGGAAACAAAUAACCUGGCUGAUUUCCCAAGACCCGUCCAUCACCGCAUUCCCAAUUUCAAGGGUGCAUCCCAAACCUGUGCCAAGCUUCCUGAUUUACAGGAGUUCCAGAGGGCCAAGACUGUUAAAGUCAACCCUGACGCCCCUCAGAAGAACGCCCGCUUUUUAACUCUGGAAGCCAGGAAGACGCUCUUGGUGCCAACCCCACGGCUGCGAACCGGACUCUUUAACAAGAUCGUCCCUCCCUCUGGAGCGGCUAAAGACAUCCUGAGAAAGUGUGCCACCUCUCAAGGUGUCAGGGAUUACAGCGUGCCUGUAGGGCUAGAUGCAAAGGUGCACGUGGACCUGGUUGUGGUAGGCUCUGUGGCUGUUUCUGAGAAAGGCUGGCGGAUCGGGAAAGGGGAAGGCUUUGCGGACAUGGAGUACGCCAUGAUGGUCUCCAUGGGGGCUGUGAAAGAGGACACGGUGGUCAUCACAGCUGUUCAUGACUGCCAGGUGGUGGACAUACCAGAAGAACUGCUGGGCAGCCAUGAUCUAACUGUGGAUUAUAUUCUUACCCCAACGAGGGUGAUUGAGACAGGCUGCAAGCGUCCAAAGCCACAGGGAAUCCUGUGGUACAAGAUCAGUCAUGAAACAUUGGGGAAGAUCCCUAUCCUAAAAAACCUUCGCUACCAAGAGAAGCAAGCAGGCAGGGACGUCACCCUCAAAGACGAAUGGCCAGAUGUGGCAGCAGCUGGCAAGGCAGAAAGGACAGCAAGCAAGAUGAGGCCUGAAAGUCCUUGGUUGCAGAAUGAGACCAGCCUGGCACAGGCCAGAUCUGGGGAGGAGCCUUUAUUUGAUCCAUUGCACCAACCUGCUUCACCGACUACAGUGUACGUGGGCAACAUCCCUCCAGGCACCAGAGUGAGAGAAUUAAAAGAUGCCCUCCGAGAGCGCCAUGCAACUCCCAUGAGACUCACGUGGCAGGGAGCCCAACACCUCGCAUUUCUGAGUUAUGAUGAUGCAUCCACAGCCGAUGAGGCCAUCGAGGCUUUACAGGGCUUGAGCAUCCGAGGUUGCUCUCUGCGCAUCGAGCUGGCCAAGAACCAGCGCAGCAAAAUGUCGAACAGACCCCGACAGGCUGCGAGAAGCAAAGGACAAGCAAAUGAAGAUUUUGGGCAUGGCCAGUGAGAAGCUCUUGGUGUACAGGGAGGCUUUCUCUUCAGGAAAGCAUUGACGUGAAGAGUUAAGUUUAGAACAUGCACACAGAUGCCUUUGCAGAAUAAAGCCAAUAUAGAGUGUGUGUGUGUGUGUGUGUGUGUGUGUGUGUGUGUGUGUGUGUGUGUGUGUGUGUUUCUUUGUUUCCUGAAAACAGCCUGGAUUUUGGCUGAACUUUUUUUCUAAACAGAAGCACUUUUGCAAAUGAUCCCAGGCAAAAAGUCAAAAUAAGCAUGGAAAUGUUCUUUUCUGAAAGGGGAAAAAAAAGCAUUGGAAAUAUUUUUCAUAGCUCCAGGGUGUACUGCUAAGUAUACUCUAAGUGCAUUAGGAUGCCCCAAGAGAGGCGGACGUUUCAUAAAGUAUUAAAGAAAAGUUUCUCAAGGUUGUAGAGGGCUCUAGACAGAGCCCCAUAGAAUGUGUUGCCGCUCCCACCCCCAACCCACCCCCCACUUCUUUUUCUGGGGAAAAUAAAAGUUAGCAGCAGUGGCUCUGACCCUCAGCAAUAGCAGAAAAGGAAGAGACAUAAUGGGAAACUGCUUCUUUCCUUUCUUCGCAAGCUUGCUUCUUUCACAGCUAAAAUGCAUAUUAAUCCCAAAUUGCUCUUGCAUCCAAGGGGAUGUUGGGCCUGUGCUACUCUGUCACUGGGGUUAUAAUUCUGUGGGCUUGGGAAUCAGCCCCAAUGAACACAGUGGGGCUUACUUCUUCAUAAACAUGCGUAGGAUUGUUCUAUAAAAGAAGGUGGAUGUGGCAUUCCACAGAGUGCAAGAGCAUUAGUGGUUGAACUUGCGUGACAGAAGUUGAUGGAAUCUUACUGCACAGAUGUGCGGGGGGUGGGGGUGAAGUACAUCAUGUUCCUUGUUAAAAAAAAAAAAAAGACCUUCCUCUUUCUAAAGGUAUUUCGACCGUUGCAAUUUCAAGAGGCAAUUGCCUUCUUAAAAGAUUUCUGCGACUUUGGACGUGUUUGGAUUACAGAAAGCAAAGUUUUCAUCUCCAAAAGGAAACAAUUACUCAAGCUGUUGAUAUAUGGGGUCAUUCCUUGCUACCGCAUGUAAACAGGCACUGCAGUUUCUAUUGUACAUAAACUCCUGGUUCCUUGUAACUCCCUGGAGAAGCAUUAUUAUAUCCUCAGCUCCAGGUGUGGGGUUGCAUUUGGAUCAUUUUGCUGGGAGAUCCUUCCACAGAAAGGAGUCUCCAAUAGCCAGGAGCUAUUUUUGACAUUUCAGAAUUAAUGUCCAUUCCAAACUAUAGUGGGAGUCAAAAUAUUAAGUGCCAGGAAACCUAGGUGAAGCUCCAGAAAUCUUCUUUUAUUUUUUAAGCCUAAAUGAACUUGUACAAUAUGAUUUAGGAAAAGAUCUCUCUCUAGCAACAAUCUCCUAACAUCUCCCAAUUGUUUUAGGUAUCCUGUGUUUACAAAAUAUGUCUGUCAGUGCCACAGGGUAUAAUAUUUAAUAAAACAUGAAAUCAUAUUUUUAAAA